AUGCAGCACUCCCAGCUGGCUCCACUGCCAAUCGACGUGCCAUUCCGUAUCGUCUCCAAAACAAUCGGCCAGGGCGCGUAUGCUUGUAUUAAAAAAGCCGCUCCCCUCGAUGCGGAUAAUCCCAUUUUCGCAGUCAAGUACAUCCACAAGGACUAUGCCGCGCGCCAUGGCAAGAUCAGCGCCAGGCAACUCUCAUUAGAAGUUACAGUGCACCGACAUGUCACAGGCCACAACAACAUCAUCAGCUUUUACCAGACCGGCGAGGAUGAGAUUUGGCGAUGGAUUGCGAUGGAAUUGGCCGAGGGUGGGGAUCUGUUCGACAAGAUCGAGGCAGACGAGGGCGUGGGAGAGGAUAUCGCUCAUGUCUACUUCUCGCAACUGAUUAGUGCUGUGAGCUUCAUGCACUCCAAGGGUGUAGGACAUCGUGACAUCAAGCCGGAGAACAUGCUCUUGACUAGUGAUGGAAACCUGAAAAUAGCGGACUUUGGUCUGGCAGCGCUGUUCGAGUACAAGGGGACAAGGAAACUCUCAACCACGUUCUGUGGUAGUCCACCAUAUAUUGCUCCCGAGGUCAUCACAUGCAGUACCCGGGGCCAGAACAAAGGAUCAGGGUACCAUCCGGAUUUGGUCGAUAUUUGGUCCUGUGGUAUUGUCCUCUUUGUCCUUCUCGCCGGUAAUACGCCGUGGGACAGUCCCACAGAUGAUAGUUACGAAUUUCACGAAUAUCUCACGACAAAUGCACGACCCACCGACGAGCUGUGGCAGAAGCUGCCCCCUGCCACAUUAUCCCUACUCCGCGGUAUGUUGACUGUCGACCCCAAGGGCCGCUUCUCGCUAGAAGAUGUGAGAAGACACCCCUGGUAUACACGAUCCAACAAAUACCUUUCAUCCGAUGGCACGAAAUUGAAGGAUCCUAUCAAUCUUGCCACGUCAAUGUUUGAAUCGCUACAUAUCGACUUCAGUCAAGAUCCUCUCUCCCAGAAGAGGCCCGGCGCCAGCCGAAGUGACCCCAUGGAUGUGGAUAUGCAUGAUCAGGAGGUCAAUUUAUCUGAAGGCAUGUCUUCCACCCAGCCUGAGAUGGCGGGUGGCAACAUGGUGAUGGACUGGCAUACGCCGCACCUAGCUGGAGAGUACUACUCCACACAGCCUGCUGAUAAGCCAUUUUCAUCCCAGCAAAUGGAGAUCUCGUCCCAUCUGGAAGAUGAGCCGUCCAUGUCACAAUUCUCUCAGAAGCCUUCUGUACCUUUGAGUCGAACUCAGAAUGCCAAGGUGUUCCAAGAUAUCAUCCCACCUCGCUCGCUGACGCGCUUCUAUUCUGCAUGGGAGUUGAAGUUGUUAGUCCCAUUGAUCUGCGAAGCUCUUCACCGACUUGGGGUCCCUGUCCCCUCGGUCCCUGCCGUGAGCUCUGGAGACACUUCUGCCAUGAUUCGGGUGAUUGCCAAAGAUGGUAGAAUGUGUUCACUCCAGGGCAAGGUCCUUAUUGAGUGUGUCUCCGAGGGCCUCUUCGAAGUCGAGUUUGUCAAAAUCAAGGGUGAUCCCUUGGAGUGGCGUCGGUUCUUCAAAAAAGUGGCUGUUCUCUGUCAGGAUGCUGUUUUCAAGCCGGAUGAAUAG